AUGCCAAAAGACAAGAAAUCGAAGGAAGGGAAAAAAGCAGGAAGCAGCGGACAAGAAGUUGAGAUUGUGGUGAAAAGGAAGAGUUCGAUUGUCGACUCGAGCGGAGGCUCUUCUUCAUCAUCUUCAGACAACUCAGGAAAUUCGUCAGAUCACUCACAAUCAGGUGACAGCGACGGUUCCAUUGGAUUUGACAACGAGAAAGGUACUAUGACAAACGACAGUCAAGAGGGAACCAGCAGCAGCAGUUUGGAACCUCAGUGUUACGUAACUAUCAGAGAUCGUACGGACGAAAUGCAUCGGUUAAUCAAUAACCAUGUGCAAAAAAGUACGCACUUCGUUCCUAUUCAAAAUAAUACUCCAAACAAGGAUGAACCAUCUACCUCGGCGAGUAUAAAUGUUGCACAAUUGCCUCCUCCGGUUCCCCUCGUUCCCCAGGUUGCUCAGAUUGUUCAGAUUGUUCAGCAAGCCGUCAAUAGUAAGCCAGCAACAAUUGCGAAACCUAUAAAAAACAAUGGCAAGCAGAAACAGUUAACAAAGAAGCAGAAGAAAGCAGAGAAAAAGGCAAAAGAAAACUAUCCUGGACAGAAAGAGCAACGCGCAAAGGUUCCUUUGGAGUUUAUCCUCAAUAGUACUGAGUCAGGGGACGAAGAUCGAAUCUCUCAGGUUAAUCGUGCCGUUCGUGCUGUUCAAGCUACUGACGGUCAACCAAAUUUGCAUGUGCAUCAUUUCGACGAACGUGAUUGCACUGGUGACAGUGUUCAAGAUGGAGAAAUGGUGAAUAGAGUCACCAUGCCUUUCUACCGUCGCGAAGAAGAUCUCGGCCAACUGGUGCAUUUCACUGAUCUACACAAAAACUCACAAAUGAGAUACUUGCGUCAUGUUCAUUCACUCGGAAAAUACAUGGAGCUACCGCCAAAUAUUAAGCUGCUUCAUCGCAUGGGCUACGGAAUUUCCGCGUCGGGAUGUCCGGAUCCUGAGCCUCUCAAAUUAACAAUAAACGGAGCAAAACCAUUCAUGAAGCAUACAUAUUCGGAUUACGUGAUGUCAUGCGGAAAAGUGACCAAUUGGAGGAGUGAGUUUGCUGCGCACAUUGAUAUGGAUGGUACAGUACGACCACAUGAAUAUGAAGAAGUGCAAAUUCAGUUAAGAAAUGCUAUUCAACAAAUGAUCAACAGUAUCACAGAUGAUUUUGAAAGAGGAACUCUCAUUGAUCUCCGUGAUCGGGAUUUGAAAUAUGUUCUUCUCCGUUUCGGUGAGAUGGAACGAUCCAUCAUGCGGAAUGAGAAUAAAUUUCAAAACAGGGUAGAUGGAAGACGUUUCUCUAAUGAAUCUCGUCAGACGCGUAUUGCUUGUCUUUCCAAUCUAACACUCGCCUCGGGUACAAGAUACUACUUGGAAAAGUUUGAAGACAACAUCUGUGAAAAUCGUGCUGUCUCUAUUCUGAUGCAUCUUGCUUCGACUGCUAAAAGCGAGAAACCAUGCUACGCGGACAAACAUCGCAAGUGCGCAGUUCUUCAUUUCUUAUUACAAACAUCCAACGACAAAGAAAAAUAUUUGACUCAGAAGUUCUCUGGCGGAAACACGCUUCUUCAUUUUGCUGCUAUGACUGGAUCACCAUGUCAAAUCGACACUCUUCUUCGUCAUGGUGCUGCUCUAAACGAACUCAACGACCUGUUCAAAUCACCGGUUUCACUAGCUGUCAGGAGACAUUGUAAUCUGGUCGCUCGUCAAUUGAUGUGGCACGGUGCCGAUAUUGGAGGAUGUCUAUCGCUAAUUCAUAUUCAUCCAAGAACUCCUCGUGAAACAGCAAACAAAGAACUUUCUGAUUACCAAGACUUCUGUGCUUCCAUCAUUCCAUACAAAGCUCGCGAGUUUCUAUCUCUACGUUUGCGUGCUCUAACCAACACAUUCUGUUCAUGGGUUGAAGCAUUGCUAAUUGACGCUGAAGCACGAAUUCCACUUACAGUGCAUUCAGUAAAAUCAAGUCUUCAUCAAAUCCGUAUCGGACGAGAUGUAAUGGAUCCAAUGAUUGAAGUGGGAGGAAAAGUUUAUGUUAAGAAAACGCUCCACAUGACUAUCGAAAAAGGAGAAUUCACUGACGAACCAAUUGCCUUGUUCUUACUUCCAUGUCAAUAUACUAAGUUUGACACCACAAUGGGCGCUGGCAAUCCACAUAUUAUUCGUAUUGCUAUGGUUACCGAUGCUGUUUCGAUUUCUAAUAACAUUGCCGAGAAAGAAAAAAUUCGUCUGGCGAAUGGUCUCCCACGUGUUGAAUACAAAGAUGAUUUCAAGAACUGUAGGCCUAUUAAGCUUCUCGGAGAGUCUGUGGCUAUCAGCUUUGGAGACACAUGCGUGGAUCGCUAUGAAAACCUUGAAUCCUUCUUCAGUUACGAGCACAAUGGAUGUAUUUACGCCUACAAUCUUCCAAAAACAGUGACACAUAACGAAAACAGGUUCACCAACAUCACUAUCAGGCUAACACUCUCAGAAUCCGAAUGCAAUAGAUUCAAAGACAGUUUCUUCAUGGUGCAAGCCCUUCAAAUUGUUUCUCGAAGUCAAGAACCUAAUGUAUUCAAUGCUGGUGAAACCUCGUUUUCAAAUCCUAUAGAUCCAAGAGCGGAAGCCGUUGCCGAACAAGUUGCUGUGAGAAAAGCUGAAUUGAUUGCUGCGGAAGCACAUAGAGUCAAAGAAGCAGAGAUGAAAGACAAACUCAGAGAAAAUCGUGUUCGUGGAAUGGUCAGCGAGAUUCAGUCGGGUGUUGCUUUGAGAAAGAGCCAGAAAGAGUCGGAAGCAGCUGCAUCAACGUCGCAGAAGGUGUCAGCUUCAGCUUCAACAUCUACUUGUGUGAUUUACGACGAUCCUGAUUCCGAGCGGAGCCUUAAUAAAAAGAAAAAUGAAUAA